AUGCCUGAUGCUGAGAAUGAGGCUGGGCUGACCCCAUCCGAACGAAGCUGUGAAGAAAACGGCACCCACUCACCGCCGACGCAACCAACGGCAGAACGGCACAACGAACAGACCUUUUCACUCAGAGGAAUACUCGCAGGACUCUUCAUUGGGACCCUCAUAUGCUUUGCUAGUCUGUACUAUGGGCUUCAGGCUGGGCAGACCAACUCGAUGCCAUUACCUUCAGUCCUUCUCGCUCACGCCGUGUUUAAGCCUUUCGCAAGAUACUUGCAUAGACCAUUCAACCCCAGCGAAAAUGUGCUGGUCAUGAUGAUUGCUGCCUCAAUGGGUGUGGCUGCGGUCAUUGGCGUGCUGCACACGAGGCCAAGUAUCACGGAGAAUAUUUCGAAGCAGCACAGCAGCCAUCAUGGUUCUAUACGCACAGAAGACGCGGAUUCGCGAAGCCUUCCACCGUUCCUACCGGAAAGUUCAAAUGGUGUAAACGUGGACUCUGGAGACUCUGUGCUCCACAGUGGUAAUACGCGCUCGGAAGAAUCAGAAAAUUCGAAUAUCGAUAAUCGGUCAAAUCCCAGGAUGUAUUCUGGACUUGUGUCUUUCAUCAUCUCAGGAUUGACAGCGUUACUCACGUAUUUUGUUCCAGAUCUUCAAACCUUGCCCAUUUUCGGAACAAAGAUAGCUCGAAUGUGGGCUUGGUCUGUCGAUAUUUCUCCUGCAUACUUGGGCUUUGGGAUGAUAAUGCAUCCCUUGACAACCGCUCACAUGCUUUUGGGCGCCGUCAUCGGCUGGGCCUUUCUGUCUCCCCUUGCUAAAUCCAAGGGUUGGGCGUCAGGUCGCGUUGAGGACUGGGACGAUGGUAGUCAAGGAUGGAAUAUCUGGGUAGCGCUAGGAGUGAUACUGGGUGACACCCUCAUUGGUAUCGUCUGGGUUAUUUUUGGCCUCUUAAGAGACGGUGACUAUGGAGGGGGACUAUUUGAGCAGCUUCGAUCUAGAUUCACACAAGCACACUCGAAGGCCAAAGCUGCGUCGUUUUCGCUUUUCGGAGCUAGAAAUCGGCAUUCAACACCAGACGAACGAACAUUGCUUUUGCCACCUGAUUUAGACUCCUUACACAAGCUGCACGCCAAUGAUCGCAAUAGCUCAGCGGACGACGCGCUGUCUAACAUAAGUGCCGUCUUAUGGCUUGUGGGAGUGACGGUAUUGUGCGUUCUCAUCGCGUGGUAUCUAUUCGGGGAUCUACUACCCAUCUGGGAAAUCAGCCUUUCCAUUAUCCUGAUUUUUCCUUUGGGAAUUGCAAGCAUCCGCUCAAUGGGAGAGACGGAUAAUGCAUUAGCAUCUAUCCUCGGCAAGAUUCCCCAGUUUCUCUUCGCGGUGUUCAUCCCGAAAUCGAACCCUAAUGCUACCAUCAUCAGCCUGUUGGUUGGUGGUAUUGCCGAAGCGGGUCCAUAUCAGUCCAGCGACGUGAUGGAGCAUCUAAAAACAGGUCAUCUGGUCGGUGCCUCCCCGAAGAGCCUCUUCUACGGCUAG